AUGGCUAAAAUUGAACGACCACAUAUUGUGCUGGAUUUUCAGGAGGCAAUCAAGGAUUCGCCAGCAUUUCGUCAAGAUCUGAACCAAAAUCAGGAGUAUUUCAACUCGAUUUUCAAGCGAUACUCGGAGGUAAGUGUUCGAAUUGGUUUGUAUUUUUUGUUUUUAGUGUGUUAACAAAGUGGAUGUGAUUGUGGAAUGUGGCCAGAACUAUGUUGCAGCUAUUUAGUAAGUUUGCGAGGGGUUAAAGACUGCAAGGAUGUUAUUCUUGAUGGUUAAUAUGGAAGUUUAUGUUUUUCUUUAUGUUACCUUUAGAAAUUAGAUUGCUGAUUGAUAUCAUUAGCUUCUUUAUUAUUCUUUGCUCCUUUUAAGAUUAGUUUGAAGUAGCUAUCAUUUUGAAAAAGUAAAAUUUUGAUCAAAAGUCUAUAAGACAGCCUUCUAAUAAAUAUUCAUAAGUUAUUAUGUCUGUAAUGAACUUCUUUCUUAAUAAUUUUAAUAAAUCUUUAUAACAAUUAUUCUUCAGUAUCUUGUCGAUCUAUAUUAACUUAUUUCAGCAAUUUCACAGCGACAUUGAACACAUUAUGGGCAGAAUUAGGUAUAGAUGAGCCGAAAACUAAACAAACUUUCGAUGCCAUCUCAGACGCGUUAGCACAAGUUGUCUAUCUCAACAAAGGGUUGAUCGAGAACACAUUCCCAAGUUUUCUGGCACAUUUGGGGCAUUUCAAUCAAAAGUAAGUAUUAGUUUAUCAUUAUAGACAUCAAGGUUUCUUAAUAUUGUUUUAUGUUUAGUGAGCUGACCAAACUCCGCGACAGUCGAACACAGUUUGACAACAUGUCUCAAGCUUUGAAUGAUGCACUAAAUAAACGUGCUAGCAUAUCUAGAAGUUGUGGACAGCAGCUGAAAGAAGCCAAGAACGGGUUGACGGCCGUUGGAACUUGUUUUGCACAUACCUCAUUGGACUAUGUGGCGCAGAUUAACAUUGCUCAUUCUAGGAAGCAUUAUGUGUUGUUGGAAGCUGUAAGUUGGUUUUAAAGAUGCUAUGUGGUGUUGUUUAUGUGAUAAGAUAUGAGUUUUAACAAGAGACUGAUUACAAUCGGGUCAAAAUGGGUCUGGUAAUCACUGUACCUCCAAUUAUCUAUGUUAAUAUAAAUUUUUAUGUUUAAAAAAUUUUCAGUUAUGGCUACUAAUAAAGGAGUACAUAGAAUUCUUCAAAAAGGGCCAUUCAGUGUUUGUAGAGAAGCCAGACGUGGAUACGGAAGAGAUUGUGGAUAAUAUCAGCAUGUUAAGGACCAGGAGUAAACUGGUCGAAAGGAAGAUGCAGGAUCGACAUGCUGUUGUGCCAAAGGUAUAUUUAUAGUUUUUAGGGUAGAGUGUCACUGGUGAGGUUAUUGCAAUUUUAAAUUUGUAUUAAUUUAAGAGUGAAAUGGGCAAAAGUAUAUUACACUAGGGAAAGAUGGCUUUUUGGGAGAUUUUUAGUUAUAAUUUCUUUUUGAUGCUAUAGUUGGACUUGCUUUUUUAAUAUAUUGUGAAGAAUCGUAUUAGCAAACAAGCUUUUUAUUUUCAAUUUGCUUAUUUAAAAUUUGAGGCUAAAAGAAGUAAAAAACUAUAUUACACUAGGCAAAAAGUGGCUGUUUUGGUCGAUUUUUAAUCAUAACUUUUUUCUAUUAUGGCCUAUUAACUUUCACUUUUAAAAUAACGUAAAAUAGAGUCUAGCAAACCUAUGUUAAUAUUUAAUAUUCAAUUCUGCAAAAAGAAACCAACAAAAGCGCUUAAAAAUUGAGAAGAAUCAUUAAAAUCUGAGUCAUUUUGAACGUCGAAGCGAAUUGAAAUGUAUUAAAUCAAGAAUUUAAAGGCUAAAAUUGCUAAAAUUUUAUUGUUUCAAACAUGUUAAAUUAAAUUAGCUAUGUUAUAAUAUGAAUAUCUGAAAGUAUUACCUAAAGUUUUGAUGUUAAAGUUGAUUUACAAUGCAAUAGGGUUUACAAUAUACAACUUGAAUGAAUGUUUAUUGAGAUUAAAGGUCAAAAUCAACAUUGAUAAGGUUUUUGUGAGUUUUUAUGUAUUAAAAUUAUUUGAAUUUGAUUAAAAAUUAUUUUUUGAAAAAAAUAUUUUAAAUUUGGGUUUAAAGCGAAAUUUUUUAAGGAUUUUUGGUUAAAAAUGAGAAUUUUUAGCCAUUUUCUAUUAAAAAUCAGAAAAAAAAUUGAACUUCAAAAACGAUUUGUCGUAUCUGAUAUGGUUUACAAGCUUUCCGUUUUUCAGGAUUUGUAUGAAAUGCACUCGGGUCUCCCGACUGAUCCCGAGGUCGCCAUGGAGGGUUACCUAUUCAAAAGAUCAAGCAAAGCCUUUAAAACUUGGCACAGGAGAUGGUUCAUGAUCAAAGGAGACAAGUUUGUAAGCUUUUGAAGUUUGAAAUGGCAUUUUUUUGAGGUUUUUAGGCGUUUUUAUGACUUUUUGGAAAGUGGAAGUUGAGUGGAAGAUUUUUAAUGUAAUUUGCACUGAAAAUCUUCCACUAAACUUCUACUUGUAAAAAGUGUUAAAAACGUGUUAUUAGGCCAUUUUAUGACAUUUUAAAAGUGGAAGUUGAGUGGAAGAUUUUCAGUGCAAAAUACAUUACAAAUCUUCCACUGAACUUCCAUUUUUUAAUUGGCCAUUUUUUGAUUUUCAACGAAAGUUCAUGCUAUUUGAAGCUCUGUAACGAAAAUUUUUGCCAUUUGAAGCCCUGUAAAGAAAGUUUUUGUCAUUUGAAGUCUUGCAACAAACAUUUUUGCCAUUUCAGAUGUACAUAAAGAAGAACGGCGAACAACUUCAGAGCAUGGUAAUGGAAGACAAUCUAAAGCUGUGUUUAGUUCGACCAGCACCAUCUUCAAUUGAAAGGAGUUGUUGUUUCGAAUUGGUGUCGAGAAGCGGGUAAGUGGACUAGAUUUUGAAAAAAAAAUUAAAAAUUUUGUUACCUAAAAUUUGAUUUUUCUGAAAUUUUUCAAAUUUUGAUGACUUUAGAAACCACGUACUGCAAGCAGAUUCUGAAAUGUUGUGUAGGGAAUGGAUUCACGCGCUUCAGACGACUAUUCAGCAUCUACAUGAAGGUAUGGGUUUAAUUUUUAAAAAUUUUUGUUUUUAGAGGGAAAUUUGAAAUUUUUUUUGAAGAGUUGAAAAAUUGGCUUUAAAGAUGAUUUUUUUAUUAGAAAUGGGGAUUUUUUGCCAUUUUUCAUUAGAAACGAUGAUUUUUUGGCCAUUUUUCAUUAGAAACGAUGAUUUUUUGGCCAUUUUUCAUUAGAAAUGAGGGUUUUUCUGCUAUUUUUUUUUUAUAGAAAUGAGGAUUUAUUUCAAAAUUUUUCAUUUGAAAUAAGGAUUUUUAAAAAUGAAAAAAAAUUAUUUUUUAAAAUCUCCAGGCGACACUCUCGAAAAGCCGUCAACAUUUAUGCAAAGCCUGGAAGUGAGUCACAUGAAUGCAUCACAAGCCUCAACCAAACGAACAUCAUCCUCAACCCUACCCUCAAUGUCCCUAUCCAACCCCCAAAUCCAACGAGUCUCUUUCUUCGAGGAACUCAAACGAAUCCCCGGCAAUCGACAAUGUGCCGAUUGUGGCCACAACGACGCCAAAUGGGCCUCAAUCAACCUGGGCGUGAUCAUCUGCAUCGAAUGCUCCGGAGCACAUCGAAGUCUGGGCGUUCACGUUUCGAAAGUACGCUCGUUAACGAUGGACGAACUCUCAACAGAACAGAAAGAAGUCCUAAAGGCCUUAGGCAAUCAGAAAGUCAAUAGAAUUUACCUGGCUGGAAUGCCAGAUCAAGAAAUCAUGGCCAACGGCAAAGUAAGCCUCAACCCAAACUCGGAGCGAGCGGAACGAGAACAGUACAUCACGGCCAAGUAUGUGGACAAAAAGUUUGUCAAACCGUUGACAAACAAGUUCCUGGUCAAUAGUCAAGGUAAGAAGUUGUUUUUGGGUUGGUAUUGUGAUUAAGAAUGGAGUUGUUACCUAAAAUAGGGGUUUGAUAUCUAUGAUAACAUAAUUUUUUUAUUUAGAAAAUGAUUGUUUUUAGUCUUAAAAGUUUUUUAUGAACAUGCAAUUUAUUAUUAUAAGUUUUAAAACGUGUCAGGAGGUUUAAAAAAAAGAAGUUUAAAAAUUAUAAUCGAAAAUAUUAUCCGUGACAUCUAUGAUAAUAUAAUUUUUUACUUAUAAGCUUACUGUUUUUAGUUUAGAAACGACCGUGAGGGCAUGAAAUUUACUACCACAAGCUUUAAAAGGUGACAGGAGUUUUAAAAGUUAUUUUAUAGCCAAAAAUGUUAUUCAUGCCACCUAUGAUAAUAUAAUUUUUUGUUCAGAAGCUGGCUGUUUUUGGUUUUAAAACAAUUUUGAGGGUAUAAAAGUUACUAUGGUAAGCGUUAAAAGGUCGCAUGGACUUUAAAAACGAAGUUAUAAUUAAAAAUGUUAUCCAUGACACCUAUGAUAAUAUAAUUUUUUAUUUAGUAGCGCACUGUUUUUAGUUUAGAAACGACCGUGAGGGCAUAAAAGUUAUUAUUACAAGUUUUAAAAGGUGAUUCGAGCUUUAAAAAUGAUGUUGUAACUAAAAACGUUAUUCAUGACACCUAUGAUAAUACAAAUUUUUGGUCAUAAAAUGGUUGUUUUUGGUCUUAAAGUAGUUUUAAUGGCAUGAAAUUUAUAAUGAAAGGUUUUAAAAGUUGGUUUGUAUACCAAAAAUUGAGGUAUGAUUAAAAAUGACUUUGUUCUUACCUAUGAUAAUACAAUUUUUAACUAUAUAAACCUUACUUUUAAGUAUAAAUUCUAAUAACAACUAUUUCCAGGACCCCCAAGAUCUAAUUCUUACCACGAGAAUCUAGUCUUUCAUGCCAACUUCAACCAACAGCCAGAAUCCAUCGACGCUGGUCGUUCCGUACCGUUCCAACGCCAAAGCUUGAUAUCAACAAACUCGGACUCACAUCUAAAUGAAACAGAAGCCUUAGAAAUCGAGAAGAAGGCUAUAAAACUGUUGGAGAACGGCAAUAUCGAAGGGAUUUUGGAUUUAACGGCCAAUGGUUUUGAUCUGAAUGCACGGCUGAGCAGUACGAACCAGUAUCCUCUACAUGUCGCUAUGAGUAAUGUAAGUGCUUUGUUAAUCUAAAAAGAAAGGGUAGCUUAGUCUUUUAGUUACGUUCAAAAGUCAUAUCUUAAGCCUAAAAUCAUAUCUUAAGCCUAAAAAUCUCAUUUUAAGCCUAAAAAGCUUUUUAAUCUUAAAAGUCUCAUUUUAAGCUUAAAAGUCAUAUCUUAAGCCUAAUAAGCUUUUUAAGCCUAAAAAUUUCAUUUUAGGCCUAAAAAUCAUAAUUUAAGCCUAAAAUUUAGAUUAGGAAAAAAUUUUGUAAAUUUAAGCUUAAAAGUCAUAUCUUAAGCCUAAUAAGCUUUUUAAGCCUAAAAAUUUCAUUUUAGGCCUAAAAAUCAUAAUUUAAGCCUAAAAUUUAGAUUAGGAAAAAAAUUUUGUAAAUUUAAGCUUAAAAGUCAUAUCUUAAGCCUAAUAAGCUUUUUAAGCCUAAAAAUUUCAUUUUAAGCCUAAAAUUUAGAUCUGGAAAAAAAUUUGUAAAGUUAAGUUUAAAGGUCAUAUCUUAAGCCUCAUAAGCUUUUUAAGCCUAAAAAUCUCGUUUUAAGCCUAAAACUUUUAUUUUAAGCCUAAAAAUCAUAAAUUAAGCCUAAAAUUUAGAUUAGGAAAAAAUUUUGUAAAUUUAAGCUUAAAAGUCAUAUCCUAAGCCUAAUAAGCUUUUUAAGCCUAAAAAUUUCAUUUUAAGCCUAAAAAUCAUAAAUUAAGCCUAAAAUUUAGAUCUGGAAAAAAAUUUGUAAAGUUAAGUUUAAAGGUCAUAUAUUAAGCCUAAUAAGCUUUUUAAGCCUAAAAAUCUCAUUUUAAGCCUAAAAAUUUAAUUUUUAGCUUAAAGCUCAUUGAACAUAUUUUAAGCCUAAAAAUAAGAUUUAAAAAUUGAAUUUCAAAACUUAUGUUUAAGCGACAUAUCUCAAGCCUAAAAGCUGGAUUUUGAUUUAAAAUUUUUUAAUUUUAAAAAUUUUCAGAAGCAAAACAUUCUGAUCGAGUUUAUGUUUCUGAAUGGAAUUCAUGUGAACGUGGUUGACGCCGACCUAAAUUCACCGCUUCAUCUAGCCGCUGCUAAUGGCAACACAAUGUACGGUAGCUUUCUAUUUCAAAAAGUUCUAUUUUACGUUGUAAAGAAAGUUUUUGCAGUUUUUUUGAAAGAAAAGUUAAUAAGUUUGGCUUUGUUUUUAGUGGUGUAUAUCAAUUGGUCAAGAGGAAUGCGGACAAAGACCUGAAGAAUGCCAAAGGCGAAACCGCUCUACAGCUGGCUGUAGAGGCACAGCACGCUAACAUCGUCACGUUGUAGGUUGACAAGUUUUUAAGAAAAUUGAAAACGCUUUAAGCCUAAAGUAUGUGCCUAAACCUAUGUUUUCGUAGGCGUAAGCCUAAAAUGUGUAUUCAAGCCUAAAGUGACGCAAGCCUAAGCCUAAAAUGUGUUUCUAAGCCUAAAGUUACGUAAGCCUAAAAUGUGUACUUUAGCCUAAAGUUGCGUAAGCCUAAGCCUAAAAUGUAUACCUAAGCCUAAACUUGCGUAAGCCUACGUUUAAAAUAUGUACGUAAGCCUAAGUUGUGUACUUAAGCCUAUAGUUACGUAAGCUUAAGCCUAAAAUAUGUACCUAAGAUUAAAGUUACGUAAGUCUAAUCUUGUAAAGUACAUAAAAAUUUGUGAUGUAUUAUCUAAUACUGGCUGGUUAUAUAACUAAAUAGCCUUAGAGAAAUUGUCAGAAAGCGUGUUGCGCAACGUUUUCUUACGUAAUUUCAUGGUUUUAUGUCAUUUUUGCCUCGAUGUAAAACGACCCAAAAAAUUACUGCGAGUGCUGGGAAUUUGACUCCAAAUGCCUGCGAGUGCUGGGAUUUCAUUCAUUUUUUACUACGAGUGAAUCCUAUCAUACACUGCUAUCUUACCGUAGGCUUUGGUUGUUCUUUUUUUUUAUCGAGCCUAAAAUGGAGGCCUUAAGGCUAAAAAUAAACGUAUAUCUAAGCCUAGAAUAUGUAUCUAAGCCUAACAUUACGUAAAAGUAAGCUUAAAAUGUGUACCUAAGCCUAAAGUUACGUAAGCUUAGAGUAAGUGCGUAAGGCUAAAAUUACGUAAGUCUAAGCCUAAAAUAUGUACCUAAGCCUAAAGUGACGUAAGCCUAAACUUAAAGUUACGUAAGCCUAAGCAUAAAAUGUGUUCUUAAACUUAAAGAUACGUAAGCUUAAGCCUAAAAUUACGUAAGCUUAAAAUAUGUGUCUAAGCCUAAACUGUGUACUUAAGCCUAAAGUGACGUAAGCCUAAGCAUAAAAUGUGUACUUAAACCUAAAGUUACGUAAGCCUAAAAUAUGUGCCUAAGCCUAAAACGUGUACCUGAGCUUAAGGUUACGUAAGCCUAAGCCUAAAAUGAGUACCUAAGCCUAAAAUGAGUAACUAAGCCUAAAAUAUGUACAUAAGCUUAAAAUGUGAGUGUAAGUCUAAAAUGAUGUACCUAAGCCUAAAAUAAUGUACCUAAACCAAAAAUUAAGUACCGAGCCUAAAGUGAGUACCUAAGCCUAAAAUGGUACCUAAGCCUAAAACAUGUACGUAAGCCUAAAAUGUGAACCUAAGGCUAGGCUUAAAAUUUGUACCUAAUCCUAAAGUUGUGUAAGCCUAAACUAUGUAUUUAAGCCUAAAAGGAGUAGCUAAGUCUAAGCUGUGUACUUAAACCUAAUGUUAUCUAAGCCUAAAAUAUGUACCUAAUUUAUUCGUAUUGUUUUAGACUCCGGCUACAAGACCUGCGAGACACAGACCAAAACGAUGGCCUCGAAUCCACGGUGGAUUCAUUUAUGAACGAUCUGAAUGCCAGAAAGGACUCAAGUCCGCCUUCAUGA